UAUCAGGGGGCUGUGUUGCUGCUAUUUAAUGAUGCCCAGAGAUUGAGCUAUUCGGAUAUCAAGACUCAAUUAAAUUUUGAGGACGACGAUUUAAUGAGAGUGCUUCACUCGCUUUCUUGCAGCAAGUACAAGAUUUUAAAGAAGGAUCCCGAUUCUAAAUUCGUCUCGCCAAAUGAUUAUUUCGAGUUCAACUCCAAGUUUACUGACAAAAUGAGGAGGAUCAGGAUACCUCUGCCCGUAGUGGACGAUAGGAAAAAGGUGAUUCAAGAUGUCGACAAUGACAGGCGUUAUUCAAUUGACGCUGCACUUGUGCGUAUAAUGAAAGGCCGUAAAAUUUUAGGCCAUCAACAACUAAUCCUUGAGUGUGUCGAAAUGUUGAGCCACAUGUUCAAACCUGAUGUUAAAGUAAUCAAAAAGAGGAUUGAAGAUCUGCUAGCAAGAGAUUACUUGGAAAGAGAUGCAGAAAACCCCAACCUAUACAAGUAUGUAGCUUGACAAGUAUUAGCUCGGGUAUUUCGAAGAGUAUAUUAACAUAAAUUAGAAUUCGUUUUGGUCGAUUAUAUAAACAUGAUAAGAAUAGAUCAGUAGACAUUUCGUAA